CAGACCCGCAGCUGCUCGCCCAGUUCUACUAUGCGGAUGAGGAGCUGAACCAGGUGGCGGCCGAGCUGGACAGCCUGGACGGGCGGAAGGACCCGCAGAGGUGCACGCUGCUGGUCAGCCAGUUCCGCUCCUGCCAGGACAACGUGCUGAACAUCAUUAACCAGAUCAUGGACGAGUGCAUCCCCCAGGGCCGAGCCCCGCGGGACUUCUGCGUCAAGUUCCCUGAGGAGAUUCGACACGACAACCUGGCCGGCCAGCUGUGGUUUGGUGCUGAGUGCCUGGCUGCCGGCUCCAUCAUCAUGAACCGGGAGCUGGAGAGCAUGGCCAUGCGGCCUCUGGCCAAGGAGCUGACCCGCAGCCUGGAGGACGUGCGGAGCACCCUGCGGGACCAGGCGCUGCGGGACCUCAACGCCUACACGGAGAAGAUGCGGGAGGCGCUGCGCCACUUUGACGUCCUGUUUGCCGAGUUUGAGCUGAGCUACGUCUCAGCCAUGGUGCCUGUGAAGUCCCCCCGGGAGUACUACGUGCAGCAGGAGGUCAUCGUCCUGUUCUGUGAGACUGUGGAGAGAGCCCUGGACUUCGGGUACUUGACUCAGGACAUGAUCGAUGACUACGAACCAGCCCUCAUGUUCACCAUCCCCAGGCUGGCCAUCGUGUGUGGCCUCGUGGUGUACGCGGACGGACCCCUGAACCUGGAACGCAGGGCGGAGGACAUGUCCGAGCUGUUCCGGCCCUUCCACACACUGCUACGUAAGAUCAGGGACUUGCUGCAAACCCUCACGGCCGAGGAGCUGCAUACGCUGGAGAGAAACCUCUGCAUAUCCCAGGACGUGGAGUUCCCCCUGCGACCCGACGCCCAGGUGCCCGCCCCGCUGGUGCCUGCAGAGCCCCUGCCCAGCAAGGCCAAGGACGCCGACGCUGACCUGGCCUGCUCCAUGCAGUAUGACGACCAGGAGCUGGAGCAGCUCAACCGCAUGGUGCACCGUGCGGGCGACGAGAUGUCCUCGCUCCUGUCCCCGCCCAGUGCCUGCCAGUCCCCAGCUCACAGGCCGGGGGUCGAGGGCAGCCCGCGAGGGGUGGCCUCACCGGCCAGGAUACGGCCGGAGCCGGGGGGCGACGACGAGGAGAGGGUGUUCUUCAUGGAUGACGUGGAGGGGGUGGCAGAAGCGCCCGGCAGGCCGGAGACCCCGGGUGGCCCUUUUGCGUGGGUGCCUGGCACCCGUGCCCACCCCCUGGACGGCGGGCAGGGAGGGACCCACGGGGAGGCAGUGCUCCGAGAGGUGUCCUCGGAAAAGGAUGAGGACGCGAGAAACAACAACACGGCGGAUGACCAGAGGCGGGCGGCCGGCCUCUCAGGCCCCAACUCCUGCAGCUGCCUGGACGCGCCGCGGGCCCUAGACGGCUGGGAGGCCGGUGCCCACGACGCCGAGGCGGCAGAGAUGAUCGCCCACCGCACGGGCGGCAUGAAGCUCUCAGCCACUGUCAUCUUCAACCCCAAGUCACCGUCUCCCUCGGACUCGGCCGUGGCCUCACCAGACGCUCCGGCCAGCGAGGUCUCACCACUGGGGCCUGCUGUGGACAAGGGGGACCCCAGUCCCAGAGAACUCAGCCCCGCCGCCACCAACUGCCUCAUUAACUCGUGCGUGUGCUGUGGGAGCUGCGGGGACAGCAGGGACGAGGCUGUGGAGCGCUUGCAGAAGUGUGGCCUGGAGAAUGUCAUUGACGCCGCCUCCACAGGCCUGGCCAAGGCUGGGGACAAGGGCCCCGAGCCAGGACUGGAGAAGGGCCUGGCCACCCCCGAGGGACCACCUGCAGGUGUCACAGCCUCUCCACUCCCAGAAGACGGCUCUGUGCCUGAUGGGCAGGAGCCCCAAGUCCCUUCCAGCCCCCAGGACCUGGUGAGCACCUCAGCAUCCCAGGUGGACCCGGGAGGCGAGCCGCCAGGUGAGGGUGACGUUGGAGGUGAGCUGGAGAACAAGGACAGGGCAGUCCGAGCUGGGGGUCCAGCUGCAGGAGAGGCUCCUUCCGCCGACAGUGGCAGCGAUGACUCCACGGAGACCCCCUGCUCCACAGACGAGGCCAGGCCCGAGGCGGCACCGCCAGCCCUGCCCGCUGCCCCUGCGGUCACCAGAGAGAAGAUCCGGUCCCGGUUCCACAGCAGCCGCGACCUCAUCCACCGCCUCUUCGUCUGCAUAUCAGGUGUGGCCGACCAGCUGCAGACCAACUACGCCAGUGACCUCAGGAGUAUCCUCAAGACGCUCUUUGAAGUCAUGGCCACCAAGCCAGAAACGGACAACAAGGAGAAACUGAAGAAAGGCACCCAGACGUUGCGGAGCACGGCGCUGGAGGACUGUGCCCUGUGCCAGGAAACACUGUCCUCCUCCGAGCUCACCGCCAAGGCCCGGGACGGCGACUUUGAAGACCCCCCUGAGUGGGUGCCAGAUGAGGCCUGUGGCCUGUGCACCACCUGCAAAGCCCCUUUCACCGUCAUCCGCCGGAAACACCACUGCCGGAGCUGCGGGAAGAUCUUCUGUUCGCGCUGCUCCUCGCACUCAGCGCCGCUGCCCCGCUACGGGCAGAUGAAGCCGGUGCGCGUGUGCACACACUGCUACAUGUUCCACGUCACGCCCUUCUACAGCGACAAGGCGGGCGUCUGA